AUGCAUGGUCUUAAGUUCUUUGAUAGAUUCAAGAGCACCCAAGUCCAUGCCUUAAGCCCCCAGGACAAUAACCCCAGUUCAAGAGGCAAACUUUCAAAAUCUAAAUUUACGAACUGUAGCUCAGUAGCUCAAGCUUUGCUUCCUUAUGGACUCCCAACUACGGAGCUCCUUGAACCCCCUAUAGACUCUUACUUGAAACCUAUAAACUGUGUGGAGUCUUUAGCUGAAAUUUAUAGACGUCUAAAUACCUGCUCACAAACGGAUAAAUCAUUGUUAUGCAUCGAGCAGUAUUCGGUUUUGCGUGGAUUAGGUGAUCCUAAGUUGCUUAGAAGGUGCCUUUGCGCAGCGAGGCAAUAUGCUAUUGAUGUGCACUCAAAGGUAGUGCUUUCUGCUUGGUUAAGGUUUGAGAGGAGAGAAGAUGAGUUUAUUGGUGUGUCAUCAAAGGAUUGUAGUGGGUACAUCCUUGAAUGUCCUAUGGCUGCUUUGGUUUCUGGAUACGAUCCUAAUUCAAUUUAUGAUCAUUGCCAAUGCGGUCAAGAUUGUUUUGAGGCUGUUGAUAAUAAAAUAUUGAUGGGAAAUGAGUGCUCGAGUUUGGAGGAGGAUAGUGAUGUUUCAUUUUGCAUUGGUAAUGAGUUGGUUCAGUGUGCUAGAUUCAAAAUUGCUUCUCUUUCGGGCCCAUUCAAGGCGAUGCUAUAUGGUAGCUUUGUGGAGUCAAGAAGAGAUAAGAUUGAUUUUUCAAAGAUUGGGAUAUCUGUCGAGGGGAUGAGAGCUGUGGAAGUGUACAGUAGAACUAGGAGAGUUGAUUUGUUUUGCCCUGCGAUUGUUUUGGAGUUACUUUUUUUUGCAAACAGGUUUUGUUGUGAGGAGUUGAAGUGUGUUUGUGAUGCUCAUUUGGCUUCAAUGGUCUGUGGGAUUGAGGAUGCAUUGAUUCUUAUUGAUUAUGGCUUGGAAGAGAGAGCAAAUCUUCUUGUCGCCUCUUGCUUGCAGGUGUUUCUAAGAGAGCUCCCAAAUUCUUUGUAUAACAUCAAAGUGAUGAGUGUUUUUUGUAACUCGGAGGCAAGGGAGAGAUUGGCCAUGCUGGGGCAUGCUUCAUUCUUGCUCUAUUAUUUCCUGAGCCAGGUCGCUAUGGAGGAGAAUAUGGCAUCAAGCGCAGCAGUGAUGUUAUUGGAGGGGUUGGAAGAGUUUGCAACAGAAAAGUGGCAGAAAGCACUUGCUUUGCAUCAACUGGGUUGCGUAAUGCUUCAGAGAAGAGAGUACAAGGGUGCCCAAUUUUAUUUUGAGGCAGCUGUUGAGGCAGGUCAUGUUUAUUCAUUAGCAGGUGUUGCACGGACCAAGUACAAACAAGGGCAACAGUAUUCAGCAUUUAGGUUGAUGAACUCUCUUAUUUUUGAGUAUAAACCAGUUGGGUGGAUGUACCAAGAGCGAUCCCUGUACGGUGUUGGACGGGAGAAGGUAAUGGAUUUGAAGACUGCAACUGAACUGGAUCCAACCCUUUCCUUUCCAUACAAAUUCAGAGCUGUUAUGAAGGUGGAAGAGAAGCAGAUUAGGGCAGCUAUUGCAGAGAUUGAUAGAAUUAUCGGCUUCAAGCUCUCACCUGAUUGUCUUGAGUUGCGGGCUUGGUUUUUCAUUGCUCUUGAGGAUUAUGAAAGUGCUUUGAGGGAUAUUCAAGCAUUGUUGACCUUGGAACCUAAGUACUUGAUGUUUCAUGGGAGGAUGAGUGGAGAUCACUUGGUUGAGCUUCUUGGCCAUCGCAUUCGGCAAUGGAGUCUGGCUGACUGCUGGAUGCAACUUUAUGAAAGAUGGUCUUCUGUUGAUGACAUUGGCUCUCUGGCUGUCAUACAUCAGAUGCUAGUAAAUGAUCCUGCAAAGAGCUUGCUGUGGUUUCGACAAUCUUUGCUUCUUUUGCGGUUAAAUUGUCCGAAGGCUGCAAUGCGCUGUUUGCGGUUGGCUAGAAACCAUUCCAGUUCUGUUCACGAAAGGCUGAUAUAUGAAGGAUGGCUUUUAUAUGACACUGGCCAUCGUGAAGAAGCUCUCUCUAGGGCUGAGAAAUCCAUUUCGAUCCAGAGGUCAUUUGAAGCUUUCUUCCUAAAGGCAUAUACAUUAGCUGAUACAAAUCUGGAUCCUGAAUCUUCAUCUACCGUCAUCCAACUGCUGGAGGAAGCUCUUAGAUGCCCUUCAGAUGGCCUUAGGAAAGGACAAGCAUUGAAUAAUUUAGGAAGUAUUUAUGUGGAUUGUGGUAAGCUGGAUCAGGCUGCAGACUGCUACAUGAAUGCCCUUAACAUCAAGCAUACAAGAGCUCAUCAAGGUCUAGCGCGUGUCUAUCAUUUGAAAAAUCAACGAAAAGCUGCAUUUGAAGAGAUGAGUAAGCUUAUAGAGAAGGCACAUAGUAGCUCAUCAGCAUAUGAGAAACGAUCAGAAUACUGCGACCGUGAGAAGGCAAAAGACGACCUUAAUAUGGCAACACAACUGGAUCCUCUAAGAACAUAUCCAUACAGAUAUAGAGCAGCUGUGCUAAUGGAUGACCAAAAGGAAACCGAAGCUUUAGAAGAGCUUACUAAGGCCAUAGCUUUCAAGCCUGAGUUGCAGAUGCUCCAUCUUCGAGCAGCAUUUUAUGAAUCAAUGGGAGACAAAACCUCUGCUCUUCAAGAUUGUGAGGCAGCUCUCUGCCUGGACCCAAACCACUCGGACACACUUGAUCUGUAUAAUAGAACCCAGGACCAAGCUACACGAAGCAGUUGA